AUGGCAGACAAACUUGAAGAAGGCCAGGACGUCACGUGGAAGUGGGGAGGGGGUCAGGCGUCUGGGAAGGUCGCAGAGAUCGCCGAGGAAGGCAAGGCCCAGGUCACAAGCAACAAAGGUAACACCAUCACUAGAAACGCUAAAGAGGGCGAUCCCGCCGUGAAGAUCUCUCGUGAUGGGAAUGAUGUUGUCAAACUGGCGCAUGAGUUGAACGAGGCGAAGGGAUAG